UUAUCAUCGCGCUGUCAGUUUUAGUUUUGACUAAAACAGCUGGUGGUUAUGUAAAAGAACAAAACUAAACACAUGUUGUGAAAGCGAAAUCAUCGACAAUGUGCAAUAGAUAAGGAAGAGGCAGAAAUCAUUUUUCUUGAAAACGUUGCAGCUAAACAGUGAUAAGAUGUCUCGCUGCAUGUUGAGUCCGCUGCGUUACCACCGUGCUGCUUUCGUAAUGCAAUCACUAUUGCCUAGUUUUGCAAGGGCUUGUCUUUUUUCGACAGAUUCAACAGAAAAUAAUGGAAAAAGUAAAGGUUUGGUUCGAAACACCACAAUCCUGGUUCAGCAGGGCUCUAACAUACAAGAAUUGCCCGUUGUCGUUCGGAAGGUGGCAGAGGACGAGUUCGUGUCGUUAAUUUCGAACAAGAUAAUUGAAAAUCAACCAACGCCUGAGUCAGCUGAUCAAUCAUCAGAAUAUUAUGGAGCCAAAGAUUCGAAAAGCGAAGCACAAGAAGCAGUAUUGAAGGUAAUCGAUCUUUGUGACUCGGUAGAUAAGGUCUACAUGGUAGUUCAAGAGCUGAAAGAAGAAGAGCUUUUGCCAUACGUAGCCUUUGUGGCAUCGAAAAAAAUCCUAUCAGUUGGCCAUGUUGCUGAAAAGAGAAACUUGGACAACAAUCCAGUUUAUGAAAGACUUAUGAAUUGCCUAAUUUUUAAAGGACAAACUUCUUUAAUAUUUAAUAUGCUGCACAAACUGCAGAGAUAUAAGGAAGUUGUCAAACCGACUGAGAUGCUAGGGAAUGAGCUGAUUUUUAGGUGCUCCGAAAACAAAUUGUCCAUUGAAGAGUGUUGUCAGGCCAUUGAAUGUCUGGCUCAGUGCGGAAGGCACGACCUGGCAGAGAAAUUUUGGAGUGGAAUAGCUGAUCAGGAAAAACAGAUUAGUAAAGAAAAUAUUCAUACGGUGUUUGCCAUACUUCGAUAUUUGAAAAUAAGCCGAAAAGCCGUUCUGAAUGUGCUGGAACGAAGAGUCCCAUCGGUCUGGUGGCAGAUGUCGCCAGACUCUACAAAAACCGUGCUUCGAUCUUUGGAAAAAUGUAAGACCUCUCCAUUCCGAAUUACACACACGUUGGCCCGUUGGCUGAGUACGAAUAUCCACGCGGUAUCUGAAGGAGAUCUAAAGGAUAUAGUUGAAUCGUUCACAAAUUUGAAUUACUGCGACAACCAAAUCGAACGUUCUAUCGAGAGAUACGUUAAGGCGAAAGGCAUUAAGAUUACUUCUAAAGAUGUCAUUCUUGCGAUUUUGAGGCACUGUCAGGUGUUUCGUCUAAGGAAUUCGUAUAUUCUAAACGGGUGCAGUGAGUACUUUAUCGCGCAUCAUCAUGAGCUAGAUCCUAAAAGCAUCAAGCCUAUUGUAUGUGCUUUUGCGUAUCUCGAUUACAUGCCUGUAAAUAGCAACAAAUUUUGGGAAACGUUGGACAUGUAUCUGGAUCUCAAUUUUAGCAAAAUUCAUCCGGCAGAAAUAAUUGACAUCAUGUUUUGCUACAUUAGCCUCGAACGCUAUCCGCUGAAUUUUGUUAACCGAAUUUUUAAUCCAUAUUUCUUGGAUGUUCUGCAUGCUAAAACUAAACAAGAGCAAUUGGAUCGCGUACGAAGUAUGCUAAAAGUAUUCGAUACCUGUCUAGCAUUGGAAUGCCCUGGUUACGAUGGUCCUCUGCUUCCGCGCGACCACUCAGCUAAGGCACUGUUUCACGAUGGGCGAAUCAAACGAAUUGUUAACUACAUUCUACCGGAACUGGAAGAACUGGCCGGUGGUGCGGAUUGUUUAACUAAAUUCACCGUACUGCACAAUCUACCGGUGAAUGAGCUCUAUUUGGUGGACGUCAUGUUUCACCCGUCUGGAAUGGGUCACUUCUUUUCUCUUAACCCACUUAAAGAACGAAAUAUUAACGUGGCGGUCUUGAUUCAUCUGCCAGAGUAUUAUAGUAACAGCGGAGAAAACCUGAUUGGGCCACAGGCCAUGCGAAUACGUCAUUUGAGGCGUUUCGGAUUGAAGGUGGUGACCCUGCGGUUCGAUGUGUUAUACAAAUUGAAAGUGCAUCCUAAGGAACUGCGAAAGUAUCUAGUGGAGCGAAUGAAACAUGCGCUGGAAGCUCUUCCAGCACCGAACGAUGCACCUAACGGCGAUUCAAACGAAUGAGCACCAUGAAGAAACCAUCCAAGUCCACAGUGGGGUCAACUGACGAAACAGCAGUUGACCACUGACAAGUUUUGAUCUCCUAUUGUAGUUAUAUAUAGAGCUUAUAACGCGAUCAUUGUUGAAUGCACAAAUUAUAGCAACUAUAACGUAUAGGUUAUACGAAUUCGGCUUAUUGAAAAUUUGAAAUACACGUAAA